UUUUCUUUUGUUUGAAAUUCAAGCAACGGUGCAAUUUGAAUCGAACCUUUUCUUGUGUAUAAAAUAGUAAAAAUACGUGUAGAAAUAAUGGAAAUGAAUGCAGCUAGCAUAUCAAACUAUAAUAGGGACUCUGAGGCAGAUUUCGGCAUUCUAAGCCCUGUGAUACCUAAGCUACGCAGGUUUGGCGGUGUUUAUUCACCUGAACAUCUAAAUUUAACUCCAAGGCCAAGAGCCACAGCUGAUUUUAAAGAGUCCUGGAAUGAGAACCAAAACUUGCACACACCUGAAAAGAUACCUGAAGUUGACUUCAAAUGCAGGACAGCUAAAUCAAAAGCGCACCAUGGUUCUCAGAAUUAUUCCUUUGAAGGCAACCAAAGUUAUCCCCGUCUGAACAGAAGGCUCCGGCCCAUUAGGAUGGAGCUGGAGACACCCACGAAGGUCAAACCAACUGUUGAUCUUGUAAGAGUGGAUGGCCCCAACGGUCUCCGUUUCAACACCUCCCUCGCACCUGGAGACGUCACAGGCUCGCCCGCGCAGUCUCAAACGGACCGCCUGCAGCAAGCCAUCAACCCGAGCAAAGCUGUGUUCACAAUAGAAACUAAUACGUCUAAAAUACUAAUAGUGAACAACAAGGCGUGUUCUCUCCUCGGCUAUUCAGCGGGGGAGCUCUGCGGGCUGAAGUUCUCUGAUCUACUGAGACACAGGAACUGCAAGUUUUCGUUACACGAGCCUGAAGAGGGGGACGCUUCUGAGGAUGGGACCAUUAUUCUGCUUAGUGGCAAAGUGGUAGAAUUGUUAUCGAAAGAUGGCCGUGCAGUACAGGUGUCCCUGUGGAUUCGACAGUUAGACAGUGACGGACCUUGUUUGGUAGUUGCUGAGCCGGUCAGCUGUAAAACUGUUGUGUUAACAGUAGACGCUGAGGACGGCAUGAUCCUCUCGUGCUGCGGCGACGACGCGGCCUUGUUGUUUCAAGCGGAGUCCAGCGACAAAUUGCUGGGACUCCCAUUGGCCUCGCUGAUCCCCUCCGUGCAGCUGCCCCCUUGGGACGCGCCCAUCCCGCGCAAUGUCUCCAAGCAAAGGGCUACAGGACGAACUCUCGACGGCGGCUCGUUCCCCUUAUGUCUUUGGAUAACUAGACCAGACACUGCAGGAAAUACACUUUGGUCUGGCUUGAAAUCACACAAAGAAAGACCUGUAUAUGAAGUCAAUGUUAGGGUAACCUACAACGUGUCCGGCCUCCUAGUGGUCGAUGACGCGGGCGUCAUAACGGCGUGCAACCAGCACUUCGCCACGCUGACGUUCGGCAAGCCGCACUCGUCGGUGGUGGGGCGCCACAUCGAGGAGCUCAUCCCCGACUUCUGCCGCGCCGCCGACUUGAUCAAACCCAUGCCCGACCGGCCCAAGGGGAGGCAUGACCAGGACUCUAACGAAUCUGACACAGAUGAGGACUCAUGCGGAGCGUUCAACGGCAGCCAAAAGUCCGCCUGCAUGUCAAACGUGCAGCAAUCUCUUCUAUCCACCACGACAAGGGAAAAAUCGUCCAGCGCGCUCUGUCUCGACAAGUCUUGCAGUCUGGUCACACACACGCCUACACCCACACAGGACAUGGUCUCGAGCAUCAGCACAACAGCCACCGAACAGCGCAACGACACAUCCGCCCUCCCCGACGUCACAUCCGGCAUGUCCGGCAUCUCCAUCGACGACGACUUCACGCCCAGCAUCUCCAAAUCUCGCUCCGAGAACAUCCUGCGAUCCGAACAGAACAACCCAGUAGCCAAACAACUAGCCAAACCUAACGAGAAGUCAGAUUCCAUAUACUAUACCUCACAACACUCUCAAGAGGUAACCCCUACUGGGAAUACCCCUAGAGUUCGCAUGAACGACCCAUCUUUACGUCUAUCCUUCGACUCAAGCAAAUACAGAUCGGUUAAAGUCAACCUCCCCGGCCAAGAGAAAGACAAAAGCAGUCUGUCUCUAGACUUCUGUGACUCGAAUGAGACUAGUGCGGAUUUCUUGACGCCUAUCAAUGAGAUGCCGCCGCCGGGGUGCGAGAUUGAGGAUUUGCCAAAGCAUAAUGGGAAUGAGAGUAUUGAGAGUUUGAGUAACGAUAAUGAUUUGGAGACGCAGACGGAGUCCGCGCCAAGGAAAAGAUAUGACUUGGACGGCCCCGAAACUCCGUGCAUCGCCAAACGCCUCCUCCGAGCCCACGUGACAUCGACCCCACAGCGAACCAAGUCCGAGUGCGACGACACCCAGGACGGCACCUACCGCGGCAUCGUGCUACACCGCGACGGCACGCAGCUCAAUGUACUGUACACGGUGUCGACGAUGCAAUUAGCGGCCGGCAACAGAGUCCGCUGCGUGUGGCUCGGAGUCCAACUAGAGGACACGGCGCGACACACCACGCUCGCCUCCAGCGUCGCUUCCACGGCCGAUAGCUCCCUAGUUCUUGGAAACAAGUCAGUGAGCAGCAGGCCACACUCGAUGUCGCUUGUGAGCCAGUGCGGCGAAGAGCAGAUCUCCGGCGAGUACAACAAGCAUUAUGUCACGUUGAAACAAAUAGGCAAAGGCGCCUACGGUUGCGUAAAGAUGGCGUACCGUCGCUCUGAUCGUCUCCUAGCGGUGGCCAAGUUUAUACUGAAGGAAAAAGUCGGCGCGCAGUUUUGGGUGGACGGACCCGACGGCAAGCGGGUGCCGCUGGAGCUCAGCCUGCUUAUGACCUUGAAGCAUCCUAAUAUCGUCAGCAUACUAGAUGUUUACGAGAAUGAAAAAUACUUUCAAAUGGUGAUGGAGAAACAUGGCGCAGGCAUGGAUCUGUUCGAGUUCAUUGAGCGGCGACCCGCGCUAGACGAGCCACUUCUCAGCUACAUCUUCAGACAGAUAGGCCAAGCCGUAGAGUACCUCCACUCCCUAAACAUACUGCACCGAGACAUCAAGGACGAGAAUGUGAUUAUAGACAACAAAUUCCACGUGAAACUGAUAGACUUCGGCUCGGCCACCUUCAUGAGCAAGGACACGCUGUUCUCCACCUUUUAUGGCACGACGGAGUACUGCAGCCCUGAAGUGUUGGCUGGGAACAAAUAUGCAGGCCCCGAGCUGGAGAUGUGGUCAAUGGGUAUAACCCUCUACGUGCUGACAUACUUCGUUAACCCUUUCUCUGACAUAGAAGACACGAUACAAGGACCGCUUGUGUUGCCUUCACCUGUUUCUGAAGAUUUGGAACAACUACUACGGUGGAUGUUGUGCAAAGAGCCCUCACAAAGGUGUACAGUCAGCCAGCUGAUGGCGCACCCGUGGAUACGACAGCCGGUGGCCAUCGCCAACUACGUGUUCCACGAGAUCGUCGACUGCGACCGCCACGAAGCGAAUCCUGAAACGUACUACAGUGGCAGUCUGGGGUCGCCAAGAAGCGGCUCUCCCGUCUCCUUGGCUGAUCCACUGGCUAAAGAACGCUCAAACCCAUCAGAGGUGGCGAUCCGCUCUGAAGGCAAGAACGUGUCCCGCGACGAACCAAAGCGAAACUCACUGGCGCUUCACGCUCUGUCCACCGCCGACAGAGACGCGCAGUCGGACAACUACAGUCUACGAUCAUCGGCUGAUAUCCUAGACAUCUCUUCGAAACCCGUGUCGGAAGCGGCUCUCACCGACAUCAGUUCUGACGCGACCGGGCACGCGGCCUGCGACAUCGACUACGACCCCGACCAGUGCGAGUGCGACAGCUGGGACGAGUGCGAGCAGGACAGCUUCUCGUAACUCGACGGGCGAGAGCGGGAAGAACAAAUACGGUAAAACGUUU